AUGUCAUCCUCUACUGUUCAUUUCAUCAAUUCUGUUGUGGCUGGUUUUUUUGCUUGCCUUUCAUCGGUGUGUGGUAAAAUGAUGAGCGAUUCUUCGAGUUGGACGAUUUUUGCGUUGUAUUUUGUGUUGAAUAUUGCUUUGACAGCGUUCGCAAUUGUUUUUCAGACUAGAGCUCUACGCCACUUAUCUACUCUAUCAGCAACAGCAACUAAUUUAGCCUCUAAUUUUAUAUUUACUUCAGUGUUUGGAGUGCUCGUUUUUGGUGAAAUUUUAACUAUACGGUGGUACAUUGGAUAUGCUGUCAUCAUGUUUGGAUUGACCAUGAUCAUGAGAGGAGAUUCUUAA